AUGUCGUCCAGGAAGAACCAGCCUGCCGGCCACAAAAAGGAUGGCAUUCAUUUCGUCAAUGCCCGGCCUGCGUCCGAGACCGAGAAGCUGAAGACGCAACGCCUGGUGCGCGCCCAUGUGGGAAAAUGGAUCUCCGACCAAACCAGGGAUCGUUCGACUGCCCCCGGAUCUUCUUCACACAGCGCCAAAUCCGAGCCAUCAUCAUAUUCCCUCGUAUCGCGUCCCCGGCAGCUCCCCGCGAUCAAGCACGUUCUCGCGCGAGAUCCCCGAUUUCAUCCCUCGCCCUCGCACGCCAGUGACAGCAGCGAUAGCAGCGAUGAUUUUGCUGAGCCCACCGAGCUCGCCGCAGAAACCCCGCGUCACGAAUUCCUGCCAAUUGAGGCCCCAGUUUCCGGUGUUCUCGACCCGUUCAGUACUUACCCCUCUCAUUUUCCGCUGGAAUUGGUCCAUCCGUGCGAAUCCCACUUAUUGACCGUCGUCUGGCCAGGGGUGGCUCCACUGCCGGAGGGUGAAACCGCCGGCCAUAGCUGGUUUCCGCUCGCCAGGUCGGACCCCGCGCUAUUUACGGCAUUUAUGUUUGCCUCGCUCUGUCACCAACGAGUGCAAUGGGUCAACCAGUGGAACCCGAGAACAGUAUUCGGACCCAAGCAGCAAAGUUUCCUGCAGCUGUGUGAGAUGGAGGCAAUCAAGUUGAUCAACAAGGCGGUCCGCGAUCCAGUCCGAGUCAACAGCGAUGCGGUGCUCCUCAGUGUGAUUUGCAUGGCUCAUCACCGAACGGAGGAAGCUGGGACACAUAGUCACCUGAGAACACCAUUUAACCCGCCUCUCCAGCGCCUCCAGUGGCUUGAUGUCUACGGAUGCCUGAGACCCAACAUGAUCCACAUCCAGGGCUUGGUCCAGAUGAUCAUUAUGCGCGGGGGUUUGAAAAACAUCAAAACGGGUUCUUUACCCCCGACGAUUAGCUUGUGGGUAAUCCCCAAGACCAGUCACGGCUUGCCGAAGGACCUCACUGACUAUGUAUCAUAUAGCUCAGAUAUUGUGACUUGCAGCUGCUUCUGCGUCCGCCCAGUGUUUGAGUUUUGGCCUCUUGACGAGAAUCACAUGGGUCUGUCCAUCCAGGACAUUCUGGGCUUUGGACCGUCCGACAUUGACCGUGGCUUCGGGCGCCUGCACUACAUUGGCAUCACGCCCGAAAUGGCCGAAGCCCUACAGGCUGCCCUGACGUACAUCAAAGUCGUCAAAUCGAAGCUGGGAACCACUUACACCGUAACCACCCUCGCCGACCAGCGCAACAUCACCCAACACACUCUUCUCUCUCUGCCACCUGCCAGUGCCAUCGAGUCCACCUUCACUAACCCGACCCACGCGGCUACCUACGAAGCCUGUCGCCUCGCCACUCUUAUUUUUAGCGUGAGCGUCAUCUUCCCAAUGCCCGCCCAGAACAAUCCCCUUCAGCGUCUUGCGCACCAAAUCCAGUUCGUGCUGUGUCAGCCUAACGCCUUUGCCUUGUGGUCCGCCCCACACACCCGCGUUCCCCUGCUUUGGAUCCUGAUGCUCGGCGGUAUCGCUGCUUAUGGCACCCCCGACCGAGCUUGGUUUGGAUCUGCUCUGCAUGACACUACCCGUCGCUCGGGCUUGUCCUCCUGGCCCAUUGUCAAGCGUGCUCUCGAGUCUAUGCUCUGGUAUGGUGCAGCGUGUGACGAGGCAGCAGAAUCUCUGUGGAUUGAGGCCCACCGGGCCUAUCCUGUUGGGUGA